GUGGACCUUAUGGAAAUGCCUCCUGAUGGAGAAUAUAAAUACAUUCUUCAUGCUCGUGACCAUUUUACUAGAUAUUCAUGGGGAUAUCACUUGAAAUCUAAAUCUUCAAUUGAGGUCACAGCAAAUCUAUUUGACUUGUUUACAACUUUUGGAGCUCCAGCAAUAUUACAACCAGAUAAUGGAAAGGAGUUCAAUUCUCAAGGGCUUAUAGAACGUGGAAAUAAGGAUUUAGAAAACAAGCUAUCAAAAUGGAUGAAAGAUAACCAUCGAGAUGAUUGGAGUUUUGCACUAAAAAUUAUAAUCCAUAGUAUGAAUACUUCUAUUUCAAGACCAACUCACAAUACUCCAUAUUGUUUUGGUUUUUGGUACUGA